AUGGGUCAACCACCAUCUCUUUACUUCAACGCUGGCAUGUUUGUGUUCGAGCCUAGCAUCUCUACUUACCAUGAUCUCUUGAAGACUCUCAGUCUCACUCCUCCUACCCCAUUUGCAGAGCAGGACUUCUUGAACAUGUACUUCAAGGAUAUUUACAAGCCAAUUCCUCUAGUUUACAAUCUUGUUCUUGCCAUGCUAUGGCGUCACCCAGAAAAUGUGGAGCUUGACAAAGUCAAAGUUGUUCACUACUGUGCAGCGGGCUCAAAGCCGUGGAGAUACACUGGCAAAGAAGAGAACAUGCAGAGAGAGGACAUAAAGAUGUUGGUGAAGAAAUGGUGGGACAUUUACAACGAUGAAUCACUGGAUUACAAGAAAUUUGUGGCGAAUGGUACUGAUGCUGAGCCAGUGAUGAACUUGCAGCCAUUCAUUGCAGCUCUCUCUGAAGCCGGUGCUGUUCAAUAUGUCACUGCCCCAUCUGCUGCUUAG